GAAUAUGCAUCGGGUGCUUUCAAUCCCCGAAGUACUCUUGCAGAUAUUUGCUCUAUUAUCACCCUCGUCCAAUGCGUCAAAUGCCAGGGUCUGCAAAGCCUGGUCAGGUCCGGCACUCCAUACUACAUGGCGCUGUAUCGAGGACGUGGCCACAUUGUUUCGCUCGCUCGCACCUAUGGUACUGAACAGCACAGAGACCGAACUCGAUUUUGUGCGAUCUCCCAUGUUGAGCGACUGGACGGCUUUCAUAGCAAACACUCGCCGUGUUCAUCGCCUCAAUCUUCGUUCAGGUUCCCGACUAUCGACCGACGCAACAUACCGCAUCGCAACUACUCGUUCAGUGCUCGAGAUCUUUCCCAACAUUCGUUCGAUCGACGCGUCAUGUUUCGAUGCGGUGUUCGACCCCUUGUUCUUCAGCACCUCGGUCAAGAAAUUACGGCUUAUCCUCCACAAAGAGCCUGGCGUAAUGUUCAACAUAGAUGAAUUGGCAUGGAAGUUUGGAGAGAUCACUGGCCGCAUGCCAAACUUAGAAGGAUUGACCCUGCUCUCCAACAUCAAAAGCUACGAUACCGUAUCACCGUCCUUCAAUCGGCUUCUAGAAGGCCUCCCGGGCCUUUUGAAUGUCGAUCUACCAUCCAGAGCUAUGGUAUCCUCAACAUUGGAAGUUUUGUCGCGCAUGAAACAACUCCGCGCCAUCGCCGUCGUCAAUCGAGCACCCUCAUUCUAUGAACCACCGAUUAGUUUGUCACCGGCAUUGGCGAGCGGCUGUUUCCCGUCCUUGACCUCCAUAAAAAUUCAAGCAACUGUCUCCGACGCGACCCGACUCUUGCAAGAUCUGAACUUCCCUUCUCAUAAUCUCAUCGCUGUGACACUACAUACCGCCCUUCCUAUCCAGCAUGUUCUGCCACAAGAUCAUCUUUCUCGCUUCAUAUCCAUGGUCGUGGAGCGCUGCCUUGCGAUCGAAGACCUGCGAACCAUCUUAAACAUCGGCAAAGAAAACGCACCCGAUGUUUUGCCUCGCAGCCCAGUCAUACGCUUCACCGACAUUGUGCAGGUCCUUCAGCUACACAACUUGACAACACUAGUAGUCGAUAAUGCGACAGCCAUCAUCAUGACGGACGCCGAUGCUCAGGCUCUGGCCCACGCGCUACCAAACUUGAAGGUCCUCAACCUUACCCGCCGUGCCCUCGUCGCACAUCCCUCCGAGCCGAGCCUCACUCUCCGCUCCCUCAUACAUUUCGCCAAGAAGUGUCCUGAUCUACACUUCUUGGGGCUUUAUCUUGAUGCCUCGGCGAGCGUACCACCCCCUUCCGAAGCCAUCGUACUCAAGAAUCUUUGCAUCCUGUACUUGGGAUACUCCGUUAUAGUAUCGGUCAAGCCAGUUGUCUGGUUCCUCUUCCGCUCCCUUCCCAUCCACUGCUGUCUCGGUGUUCUUGGUGACUAUAUAGAAGACUCGACUAUGCUCCCUGAAGUGAGCACAACGGAUCAGCAUCGUGCAUGGAGGGACGUACAGAAAGGUAUAUCGUGGGUUCAGGACAGUAGGGAAACAUGGCGUGAGGAGGAAAAGUGUAUGAAGAGCCGGGUUGAGAUGUUGGAGAAGGAGGUUGCGGUGCUACGGUCGCAGACGAACGAUAAAAUCGAACGUUCAUAG